GAAGAGAGUCCUCUCGUCGUCGACGACAACUGUCCUUUCUCUCUCUAGAAAUAUUCAUUCUCUCUCCUCACUUUCUCUCUCUAAACACCAAACACAAAACACAACUCACAGUCACAUCUCACUUCUAGAGAGAGAGAGUCCUCGCUCGCCGCACAAACCCCCUGACAGAAAGCUCCGUUGUCGUUAAUGGCGUCGGAUUCCGUCAAGUACAUGCCCAUAAACGGCGGAGGAGGAGGAGCAACCACGGCUGUCUCCGCCGCUGCCGCCGACGUCAAGAGCCUCAUCACCGCCGUGAAACCCAGAAAGGCAUCCACUUUCGCCUACGUCUCCGUCAUCACUUUCGUGGCCUUCACCGUGUUCUUUGCUUUCAGCCCAUCUCCGAACUCGUCUUCUCCAUGGUUCUCUAACCUCUUCUCGUCCUCCUCCGCGGCGGACUACGGCGGAGAUUCCGGCGGUGGGGGUGGAUCUUCCGCCGCCGACAGAUACAGAUCUCAGUUCUCCUCGAUCUUCUCUUAUGUUCUACCGAAUGCUACUUCGUCGUCGUCGCAGCAGCCGAAUAAUCGAUCCAGUGACGCUGUUUCUUCGAAACCCGGAUCGAAUUUCUCCGACCCAGUUUCUGAAACUGGCAAUUUCUCGGCUCUGACAUCGAGUUUCCCCGGCUCAGUUCCUAAAAACGGCACAUUGCAAUCAACCAUCUCUGACAAGUCGGGUUCGAUUGGUAAAAAUCAAACCUUUGAGUCUCCGACCGCAAAAAAGACGAACCCAGUUACGAAAAACAGCACCAAUCAGUCCCCAGUUUCAGAUGAAUCACUGAACGGAUCGAGUAAUCAGUCACGGAGUGAUCAAGCAGGGGGGAAACAGUCGAAUUCGAAGAACGCGAAGGUCAGUGCUCCGAAUUCAGACAAAGACCAAGCUUCCAAGGCAAACCAGACAGCAGUUCCGGCGCCGAAAUCAGCCGAUCUCAGUGCCUUGAAUCCACCGGCUUCUCCGCCGGAGAAAGAGAGCAACAAGAGUGACUCGGGCUCUUCGGUGAAGGAAGAGAUCGAGAAAUGGAAAGAGUCUCUUAAGAAUUGCGAUUUCUUUGAUGGAGGGUGGGUAAAGGACGAAUCUUAUCCACUUUACAAACCCGGUUCGUGUAACUUGAUCGAUCAACAGUUCAACUGCAUCCUCAAUGGAAGACCCGACAAGGAUUUUCAGAAACUGAAGUGGAAACCCAAGAAGUGUGAUUUGCCAAGGUUAAACGGGGCUCAUUUGCUGGAGAUGAUCAGAGGGAGACGGCUUGUGUUCGUCGGCGAUUCGCUAAAUCGGAACAUGUGGGAAUCUCUCGUCUGUAUCCUUAGAGGAUCAGUGAAAGAUCAAAGCAAAGUCUUUGAGGCCAAUGGAAGGCAUCAUUUCCGUGGAGAAGCCGAGUACUCUUUCGUGUUCAAAGACUAUGACUGCACGGUGGAAUUCUAUGUUUCGCCUUUCUUGGUCCAAGAAUGGGAGGUCGUGGACAAGAACGGGACAAAGAAGGAGACUUUGCGGUUAGAUUUGGUCGGGAGAUCCUCCGAGCAAUACAAAGGAGCGGAUAUCAUCAUCUUCAACACCGGACACUGGUGGACUCAUGAGAAAACGUCCAAAGGGGAGGAUUAUUACCAAGAGGGCAGUCAUGUGUACGGCGAACUCAACGUCCUCGAAGCUUUCAGGAAAGCCUUGACGACUUGGUCUCGAUGGGUCGAUAAGAACGUGAAUCCGGACAAAUCCCUCGUUUUAUUCCGGGGAUACUCCGCAUCACAUUUCAGCGGCGGGCAAUGGAACUCGGGAGGGGCCUGCGAUAGCGAGACGGAACCGAUAAAGAAUGAGACGUACCUCACGCCGUACCCGCCUAAAAUGCAGGUUCUAGAGAGGGUCAUAAAGGGUAUGAAGACGCCCGUGACGUAUCUAAACAUCACGAGAUUGACGGAUUACCGCAAGGACGGUCACCCAUCAAUCUACAGGAAGCAAAACCUAUCGCCCGAAGAGCGGAGAUCGCCGUUGAGGUACCAAGACUGCAGCCAUUGGUGCCUUCCCGGGGUACCCGACUCGUGGAAUGAAAUCCUCUACGCCGAGUUGCUUGUGCAACUCGGCAAACUCGGAAACGCGAGGCGAAAACCCUAAAGGUAUGAACUUUGGAGCUUGUUUCCAUUUCCACGUUGUGUUCGGAGUAAAAAAAAUGGAGAUUUACAGUUUACCGUCAUUGAAAUGUGCAGAGAGAGAGAGAGAGAGAGAGAAACUAGAUUUAUGGAUAUCUGAAAAAAAAAAAAGGUGUAAUCUUUUGAUGGGGGGCGGUUUAAAGCUGUUGUAAAUGUUUUUGUUACUAAAGAGUAAUAAUUUAUUAAUUACAUAA